GAUUUUAGGCGAACUCAACGAGUGGGGAAGGGGACGAGCGGAAGCAGCCAUGGAGGGAAGAGGCGGCGGCGGGGGGACCCGGAGCUCCGGCAAGGGAUCGGCGGGGAAGAUCAUGUCUCUGCAGGAGUUCGUCUCCACCAUGGAGCCUCUCAUCGACCUAGAGAAGGAGGCGGAGAUAUCGUCGGAGGCGGAGGCGAGCUCCAAGAGGAUGGAGAGGAGAGGCUCCGUCAUGCCCAACCUCAAGUGCACCGAUGCCCAGACGGGGCUGAUGGGGAAGACGCUCCUGGAGUUCCAGCCUAACAAGGGAGACGUGCUUCCACCGCACAAGUUCGGUACACACGAUGUGGUUGCCCUGAAGCCAAAUAAAGCGGAUGCGGGAUCCGCUUCUCUUGGGCAAGGUGUAGUUUAUCGCUUGAAGGAUUCUUCCAUUACCGUUGCUUUUGAUGAUAUUCCUGAAGAUGGGUUAAAUAGCCCUCUCCGUCUUGAGAAGCUUGCCAAUGAGGUUACUUAUCGCAGAAUGAAGGAUGCGCUAAUUCAACUUAGUAAGGCGAUUCAAACAGGGCCUUCUGCAAACCUUGUUCCUGUGUUAUUUGGGGAGAACUCGCCUAUGCGCUCCAAGGAUGCCGUGAAGUUCAGUCCAUUCAACAAGAAUUUGGACGAAUCACAGAAAGAUGCUAUCUCGAAGGCCCUCAGAUCAAGGGAUGUUUUCUUGCUUCAUGGACCUCCUGGAACUGGGAAGACAACAACCAUCAUUGAGAUAAUAUUGCAGGAGGUCAAGCGUGGAUCGAAGAUUCUUGCUUGUGCUGCUUCCAACAUUGCGGUGGAUAACAUUGUUGAGCGACUAUCACAGUACAGAACGAAAUUGGUGAGGUUAGGGCAUCCUGCUCGUUUGCUACCACAAGUAUUGGACAGUGCUCUCGAUGCUCAGGUACUGCGAGCAGAUAAUAGUAGCUUGGCUGGAGACAUUCGCAAGGAAAUGAAGGUGCUUAACAGCAAAUUGCUGAAAGCUAAAGAUAGAAACACGAAAAGGGACAUCAGGAAAGAGCUCAAAACCCUUGCCAAAGAGGAGAGAAAACGACAGCAGCUUGCAGUCGCUGAUGUGAUAAAAAAUGCAGAUGUUGUGCUGUCUACUUUGACUGGUGCAUCUUCCAAAAAGCUAGCUGGCAUUACGUUUGAUUUGGUAAUUAUUGAUGAGGCUGCUCAGGCACUCGAGGUGGCAUGUUGGAUGGCCUUAUUGAAGGGGCCAAGGUGCGUGCUUGCUGGAGACCAUCUUCAACUUCCUCCAACAAUCCAAAGUGUUGAGGCAGAGAAAAAGGGUAUGGGAAAGACACUCUUUGAACGCCUUACAGAAGGCUAUGGAGAGGAAAUCACAUCCAUGCUCACUGUCCAGUACAGGAUGCACGAGCUAAUUAUGAACUGGUCAUCAAAAGAACUUUACAAUAAUAAGAUCAAAGCGCAUUCUAGUGUUGCUGGGCAUAUGCUCUAUGAUCUUGAGAAAGUAAAUAGAUCUUCUUCAACAGAACCAACUAUUAUACUCAUCGACACUACAGGGUGUGACAUGGAAGAAGUGAAAGAUGAAGAGGAGAGCACCAUGAAUGAGGGCGAGGCUGCAGUAUCCAUAGCCCAUGCCAAGUUGCUUGUUGAGAGCGGUGUCCAUGCAUCUGAUAUUGGCAUCAUUACGCCUUAUUCUGCACAGGUAACCUGUCUGAAAAUGCUGAGAAACAAAGAAACUAAACUGAAGGACUUGGAGAUAUCGACGGUUGAUGGAUUUCAGGGCCGGGAGAAAGAGGCCAUCAUCAUUACAAUGGUCAGAUCCAACUCCAAGAAAGAGGUUGGGUUCUUGAGUGAUCAUAGGCGAAUGAAUGUCGCUGUAACACGUGCAAGGCGGCAGUGCUGCAUAGUGUGCGACGCGGAGACAGUAAGCAAUGACAAAUUCUUGAAACGAUUGGUUGAGUACUUUGAGGAGAACGGUGAGUACUUGAGUGCGUCUGAAUACGGGAGCAGCUGACCGUGAUAGCAUGUAUGCUGCUUUUGUGCCUGCUCAGCGACCAUCAUGGAGAUAUUGGAGAACUGGAGUACAAUUUUUAAUGGAUGCGUCUGGUAGUUUUUUUUUCUCGCGGGGACAGUACUUAGUUGAGAUAUAGACGCAAAUCACAACCGAGACAAGCGUUGGACGGAUGACCCUACAACUGAACAAGCAAUUGGUUAAAUUGAUGAUUGGUGUGUGGAAUGUGGAUUAGCAUAUGUGGCCGCUUUGUCGGCUGCUGCUCUUGGUGCGAAUUUGUGGAAAUAAAUGUCCUUCGUAUGAGAAGAAGAAGAUGCCAAUGUCCUUCGUAUGAUAGUGAACAUUCCCUCGAUAUCGUUGAUAAAGCAACCAGAUUUAUCACCAGACUAUAAUGAUAAACUUAUAUUUGUUUCA